CCUGACGCUGAUUAUUAUGAUCAUAACAACAACAAUAGCAACAGCUAUAUGAGUAACAAUAACAAUAUUAAUACUAGCAGCAGCAYUAAUAGAAACCUAAGUAAAACAACAACAACAACAAUGCUAAGCUCACCCGCAAUACAAGUGUACAAUGUGAUUGCGCAAAGCUUAAGUAGUUCUUCGACGGCGUUCACCUACAUCACAGCUUUGCUGCUGCUCGCCACGCUGUGUUCCUUUUGCGCUGCCUCACCCUGCGACCGGAACAGCUGGUGGGACCCGCUAAAGGACAAAUGUAUUCCGUGUACGGUGUGCGAGGACGGCCUGAUACCGUUGCGGCCGUGUCAAUUUCAAUGCGACACGAUAUGCGGUUCCAUCUACGAUCUGAAGAUCGAUUGGUUGGUGCUGGCGAAAACGGAGCCCAACUGGAAGGAGCGCCGAAAGGAUGAGGACAACUAUGAUUUGGAGCAGCAGUUGACACACGAGGAAUUACAGCAAUUGCAGGACGGAUCAAUGCCGAUGGAUUGGCAGACAAUGGCGCUCUUUAUGGCCGUAUUGGCGUGCUUAAUCUUCUUCAUCAUAGCCGCUGGCAUUUUGGUGCAUCAUAUGCGGCAAUGGCGGCGUAUGGAGCGUCGUCUCGAUCAAGAUGUUGAAGAAUUAUCUACAAAAUUAAUGGCGAAAUUGGCUGAAGUACAGAGUAUGGAGGGUGGCACAUUCUUUAUUGGCAAUGCCGAUGCAUUGGGUGUAUCAACGAAUUUCCAGCCGCAACAUGUGCUUUUACCGGAAAAACCCGCAAAACAUCAUGAACGGCGUAUCUUAAAAACAUUACAACCCGGUAAUGUUUAUAUUGAGGAAAAUGGCUCAAAAGGAUGAGGCAGACACGCUGCAAUUAUAAGUUCUUGUAACAAUGUGGCGAACGUUAACAUUUAGAAUAGGAAAUAUGAAGUCAGCGCAAUGACUUUUCAACAAAACGAAAUAUAUACCGUAAUUAUAUGUUGAGUGAAAGUAACUACGUAAAUACUACUUAAUUAAAAUGAAAACAAAACGAUGUUUAACAAGCAAUUAAAGCAAAAAACAAACCGUAAAAAAUUUGACUUUAACUACUUAUCUAUAUAGUAUAAAUGGACGUAUAAUUUGGCAUGCGCUAUAAAAAUUCAUAAAAAUUUAAAGAAAAUGAAAUGGAAAAUAUAAAAGUAAUAGAAAUAAAGUCAUCAUAAUUUCCGCUAUUUUUUAUAUUUUAAUGUACAAAUGUUCGUAUAUAAUCAUAGUGCAUAGCAUUCGUACAAUACCCUGUGAGAAAUUUUGAGCAAAACGGGAAUUUAACUUUUUUACCGUAAUUUAGUGUGUUUGUAAAUAAAUAACGCAGUUUGGUGAGCUAAAUAGUCUCAAAUAUGAAUGUUGAAAUUAUUAUUGUUAAUUUUGAGUUGGUUAAAGGGAAAAAGGUGACGCUUGCUUGCGGAAUUUCGAAACUUUUUAUAGUGAAUAUAUUUUUUUGUACAUUUGUCUUCAAUAACAGUUUUUAACUUAUUAAAAAAAGUCUAUUUUAAAUAUUUUGUUAGUUUUUAAUCUUUUCCUUUCGAGAAUAACCAAACUAAAUAUUUUUGCUGGUCUAAGCCCCAGCGGUCCAAUAGCAAGCCACAGAAAGCUUGAGGUAUAUUCCUAACAAGUUCAUCAAGUUGCUAGAGAUAAAAAGUCUAGACAACCGUUCAACAGUCUUGAGCGCACAGUCAGCGAACUCAAGGCUUAAAUCGCUGCCCUACUAUCGGAGUGGAUAGUUACCAUUCUGAAAAAGACUGCGCGCUGGAGCAAGUGAUCUACUGCUACCAUUAAGAUAGCUAGCUCCACUUGGAAGAUGCUGCAGUGGUCAAAAAGCCUAAAUCUUGAGUUGAUGUUCGCAGAAAAAUUACAUGAAAAAAAAAAAUAUUUGUACUACCCAAGCUUGAAAGAACUUUUCGGUUGAAAUUUCGCUUUAAAAAUUUGAAAGUUAAUCAAAAGUUAGCAUAACAUAAAACACAGAGUUGUAUUUCACAUUUCUUAUUGCGUUUCUCGCAGGGUAUGCUUGUCUAACGUCAAUUACGUGUACAUACACAAUUUCAGUGUGAACAUAAAAUUUUAUGGCUUAUAUAACGGAACUAUGUACUCGUUUAUUCAUAAAAGUAGCAUACAGAUGUACAUAAAAACAUGUCGUCGCCCAAAAUACCAGAUAACGUAACAUCACUUUUCGUAAGUUAAUAAGUGAAGGAAAAACGAUAUAGUAGAAGCCACUCAUA